UACAGAAAACUAUUUGAUGAUGAUACUCAUCUCUAACUGAAAAUGUUUAAUUACCUAUGACAAGAUUAUCAGCAACAGCAAGAGCAAUAGCAACAAAAUAGAAAUUUUUAUUCGUAGUCAAACUAUUGUCAAUUAACAUCAACAUGUGCCAUGGAGGCUUGUUUGGGUUUAGGCCGAAGUCAACGCAAUCUAAACAAGCAACAGCAAAAAGAAUUGAAACAACAACAGCAACAACAUACACAAUUGCAACAGCAAAAACAGGCAACACAACAGAGUAUUGUGACCAAUCAAAAUUACUAUACAACACAACAGCAACCACAAAAUCAACGUCAUCUAGUAGCACGUGGACAAACCACAAAUGUUGCGGGUACAACGGUUUUGAAACAACAACAGCAACAACAACAACAACAACAGCAGCAGCAUUUAAUAAAGCAUUUGGACAACAACAGCCAUUUGCUGUUAAGACAUCAAGAGCAAAAUUUGCUAAAACAAAAUGUGGCACACAAUACAGCAACUACAUGUACGACAACACCUAAAUACAGAAAUACAGGAGCAGCAACAACAAAUAUGCAACAGUCUUCAUCAUCACCAUCUUCUAUUGAAAGUGUUGGUGGAGGAGGUGCUGGUGUUGGUAGUCAGCCUGUCAUGUCAUUUCAAAAGAGUACGGUAACGGUAGAAGUCACCACCACUUUACCCUCCACCAUAAGUCCCACAAAUACUGGUUCAAUUGUCACAAAUUCAAAUAUCAAAAGUUUUCGCAAGAUUAACCGACAUCAACAACAACAACAGCAGCAGCUCCUUCAACAGCAUCAGCAACAACAACACUAUCAGCUUCAACAUCAACAACAGCAAAUGGAAUCUGAUUUAGAUGCCAUUGAGGUUUGUGCAGACCAGGAGCCUAUGGUUUCCUUUAAGGGUGGUGGCCUGCUACGACAAACCAAAACUUUGGGACGUUUAAAUCAUCAGCAUCAACAUCAUCACAGUAUAGAGGAUCAUCAUGGUCAAUGGUCCAAUAUGCCACAAACAACAUCAUUACAAUUACUGCAGUUGCAGCAGCAACAACAACAUGACUAUUCAUAUGCCUACUAUGAACCAGGAGCAGCUAUGAGACACACUAAUAUUCCGCAUACCGAACUAAUGGCAGGAGAAGAAGAUUUAACCCCGGCACCACCCAACUCCAUGAGAGCUUUACUGUCUAAGGGAAAGAAGAACAAACUAUUAGUCUCACCCGCCACACGACAGUCUUAUCAAACACGUUUAACUCAACAGCAAGGUCAUGGGGCCGCCACAGCUAGCGCUCAUCAAACAACAGCCAACUGCAGCAAUAUUUCCACACCGGAAAACUUUUACGAAGAGAUAUCAGCUUCCUCUACAUCCUCCUCAUCAAACUCUAUGACCAGUCAUCAUCAGCUGAGGGCCACUUCCCAUUCGGCUGGUUCGCUAACACAAACACUGGUGGAAGAAGAACUGAGAAGAGUACAAAAUAGACAUCAUAAGAUUUUAGGCGAACUCAACUUGUCCGUCGAAGCCAUGCUAAUGCCAGAUAGUCCACCCAAUAGUAGUCCCACUGCCAAAGAACCAACGGUGCCCUCGGUGAGUGUUACGCCUGCGUCGGGGCAACCUCUGAGAUUGACGUCAUCCUCGGCGGAUAAUAUAUGUGAUACGGCGCUGUCCGGAGGACCAGCAGAUGAUUUUAUUUCACCCAUACCCAAUUCGGCAACGGUAAGUGCUGGUCUUUUGCAAUCCUCUUGUCUAGCGGCUGAUUUAGAUAGUGGUUUUAGUGGUUCCAGUGGUGCUAGUUACAUUGGCUCGUUGCGUCUGCACAAAACAAAUGCCCUUAUGAGUUCUCGAUCCACCAGCCAGACAACAGCAACAGCGUCUACAGCAGCAGCCGCAGCCAAGACUCAACAAAGUGCCUUUGCUUAUGCCACACAAAGCUGCCGUUCAUUUCAAAGAGCCAACGCGGCAGCCACAGCCAAUACAAAUGUAGCAGUUAGCGGCAUUAAUACUAAUGCAGCAUUGGCAUCAGCUUCAGCAUCAUCAACAUCGUCGUGUACCAUCAAACAUUUACCUCAGAUCCAUCAAAACACUAAACACAAUAUGCCACAGCAACCACUCCAACAACAACAGCACAGUCAUCUACACCAUCACCAUCAUCUCCACAACCAUCAUAAUGCUGGUAUAACAACCUGCUCAUCCAACACCUCGUCCUCUUCCGUUUCCCAUCAAGAUGAUUCCACCAACUCGUCGGGUUUUUUCACACGUGCCUCGUGUGGUCGUCGUAUUUUAAAUUGUGCCAAAAUAAGAGCCGCCGAAGAUCCCGGUCCCAUGGUGGUGAAUGCACAACCCAUCGAAUCAAAGGCACGUAGUUUUUGGAAUCGCAAAGGUUGGCGUAAAUUACCUGGCUUCUCAACAUCCACCUCAAGCAUUAAUGAUACGGGUUUAUCAACAGGUAAGUGCAUCUUCCAUUCAUUUUGAAAUUGUGAAUGCUUUCCAUUUUUGCCUUUUACCAUAAAUAUUUUUAUGACAGUUUUGCGCGCGUGUGUAUCUUAUGCAAGUCCCGAUUUUUUAUUGUUUC